AAAAGGCGGGCAGAGCAGCCCCAGGAGCCAGAGGAGCAGAGGGGCUGAGAUCAACCCAGAAAACUCCAGCUCUCACGCCCAAGCUCCCUGCUCCCCGCCGACAUGAAGGUCUCCGCCACACUUCUCUGCCUGCUGCUCACGGCUGCCGCCUUCAGCAUCCAGGUGCUCGCCCAGCCAGAUGCAAUUAAUUCUCCAGUCACCUGCUGCUAUACAUUCACCAAUAAGAAGAUCUCAGUGCAGAGGCUGGCGAGCUAUAAGAGAGUCACCAGCAGCAAGUGUCCCAAAGAAGCUGUGAUCCUCAAGACAUUCCUUAACAAGGAGAUCUGCGCUGACCCCAGUCAGAAGUGGGUCCGGGAUUCCAUGGCACACCUGGACAAGAAAACCCAGACCCAAACAGCAAAGCCAUGAAUACUCACUCUGAAAACCGAAGAAUCUGAAACUAAUUUAUUUUCUUCUAACUUACCCUAAAUGCCCUGUGAUAUUUUAUUAUAAUUGCAAAGGGUAUGAACUGUAUUGAUAUGCACACGAUGCCUUAAGUAAUGUUAAUCUUAUUUAAGUUAUUGAUGUUUUAAUUUUAUCUCCCAUGAAUACUAGUGUGUGUGUUUUUUUUUUUUUUUUUUUUAAUAUGGAGACUUGGAAACAAACUACUUUCUUCUGGGGGCCCCAGUUCCAACCCCUGGGCUGGUGUGAAGAUCCUUGCAGGGAUCAUUAAGGCAAGACUACGUUUUAAAUUCCAAAGAUUGCUUACAAUGGUAUUGUGGAAAUGUAUAUUCUGUAACUAUUGAUCAAUAUACACAUAUAUAUAUAUUUUUGUACAAAAUCUGACUUCUGGUGUUUUCUUGAAGGAAAUUAAAAAGCUGAGC